GCGACUUUACAGCUCAAAAAGGAUCUUGUGUGACACCUCGAGGAUUUCUGAUUGUCUGAACUGUUGCAGAAAGGGCAUCGUCAUUAAAUAUUAAGAGAGAGGAGAUCCUAACAUUGCAACCCUCCUUAUCAAUGCAAAUACCUCUUUUGUGUGCAGUCACAGCGCCUGUCUGGGAGCUGAGAUGAAUUUUUAAUUAUGUGUGACUGAAACAAACUGUGACAAGGACCUUUAUAAGAGCCGGGGAUUACAGAAAAUAAGCUGCAUUUACGCGGAUGCCAGGAAGACAGUGAGCGUGGAGGUGCAGCGAGCCAUGAACUCCCAGGAUCUCCCUGCCAAAGAUGCCCCACUCACUGUCAAUGAGCAGGUGAUUGUGAUGUCUGGCCAUGAGACUAUUCGUGUGCUAGAGGUGGAGGUCGAUGCGUCUCUGCCAUCAUCAGGAUCUGAUGGGAAGAGUGAAGGCAAAGCUGAGGAGGAAGCGGCUCAGUCCACGGAGCAACCAGACGAUGGCCACGCCGUACCCCAGAACAACGGGGGAGUAGUGCCGGGUGAGCAGCAGGUGGUGUCUGUAGAGGCUCUGGCUCCUGCUAUCCAAACGCUGACUCCUGCGGUUCCCAUCAGUGUGUCCUUGCCGCAGCACCAGGCCACCAUGCCCAUCACAGUACAAAGCUGUCCACAGGUGCUGACCCAGGAAAGUUUGGCCACUCUGAUGACCGGUAUGAUGGCCCAGACAGGGUCACUUGGCCAGCCCCUGCUCAUCCCCAUCAGUAUGGCGGGCUCCAUCGGUGGCCAGGGCGGUUUGGCUGUUCUCACCCUCCCUACCAACAGCGUUGCCACGCUCCCCGGGCUCACAGCAGCUAACACGGCUGGAAACCUCCUCAAGCUGCCCUUCGCUGGCCUCCAAGCUGCAACAGUCCUGAACUCAGUCCAGCCCCAGCUGCAGACAAAUGCACAGACGGUGUUCCAGCCUCAAGCAGCUUCCUUACAGCAAGUGCAGGCUGCUAUGCAGCAGGUGACGUCUCAGCCAACACAGGUGACCAAUACUCAAGUAACUGCUGCUCAGGUGGCGGCAGCACAGGCGACACCGAUCACCACCCCCGUCUCUCAGUCCAACAUAUCCAUAGCAGCACUUCAGACUGCAGGAAUCUCCAUCAAUCCUGCUAUUAUCAAUGCGGCUUCCCUGGGAGGGCAGCCCCAGUUCCUCAGUUCCCUCACCUCUACUCCCAUCAUCACAAGUGCCAUGUCCAACAUGGCUGGCAUUACCAGUCAGCUUAUCACAAAUGCUCAAGGGCAGGUCAUAGGAACCCUCCCGCUCUUGUUGAAUCCAGCUUCUCUGGCUGGAGGGGGUGCAACUCCCACCCUACAGGGUCUCCAGAGUCUCCAGGGUCUCCAGGGUCUCCAGGGUCUCCAGGGUCUCCAGGGUCUCCAGGGACUCCAGGGACUCCAGGGACUCCAGGGUCUCCAGGGUCUCCAGGUUCAGACUGUAGCCCCACAGUUGCUUUUCAACACCCAGGGCCAGCUAAUUGCCACUGUAGGGAACGGACCCGCCACAGUCACGACUUCUGCUUCAGUUCUGACCAAAGCUACAGCUCAGCCAACAUUUUCCAAACCAAGCACGCAGGAUUUAUUCCUUCCCUUUCAGGCUUCAGUAACGGCUGUCACCCAGUCACCAGUUGUCAUCGCCCCGCAGCCCUCUGUACUGAAGACAGCCACCACGCUCUCCUCCACAGUACCAAUAACCUGUGGAGACAUGGCAAAAGUGGGCCAGCUUGUCAACAAACCCCAGCAGGUAGUCAGCAACGAGGAAGGCAUUAAUCUGGAGGAGAUUCGAGAGUUUGCCAAGAACUUCAAGAUCCGUCGGCUGUCCUUGGGCCUCACGCAGACACAAGUAGGGCAGGCCCUGACUGCAACUGAGGGUCCGGCCUACAGCCAGUCUGCCAUUUGCAGGUUUGAAAAGCUGGAUAUCACCCCAAAAAGCGCUCAGAAGUUGAAGCCAGUGUUGGAGAAGUGGCUGGCUGAAGCUGAGCAUUGGAACCAGAAAGGCCAACAGAACCUGAUGGAGUUUGUUGGCGGUGAACCGUCAAAAAAACGCAAGCGGCGCACAAGUUUCACACCACAGGCAAUAGAAGUCCUUAACUCCUACUUUGAGAAGAACGCUCUGCCAACAGGCCAAGAGAUUACAGAAAUCGCAAGGGAGUUAAACUAUGAUCGAGAGGUUGUGCGAGUAUGGUUCUGCAACCGGCGACAGACGCUGAAAAACACAAGCAAGAUCAAUGUCUUCCAGGUCCAGUAGCGACAUAGUUCUGUGAGACUCUGCCACAAAUCUUCUGUCCUGUCGGGAGGUUGAACUUUGAAGCCUGUCUGUAAUACGGUUCAAACUCUUAUGAGAUUGAAAGAAAAUCAGAAAAUGAAGGAAAUAACACAUAUUUCAAGCCUUAUGGAAGAGUACUGAAGUAAGUUAUUGUGUUUUUAAGGCUGUAUGUGUGUUCACUACUUGUGUGUGGUGGGUACUAAGUCAAACUGCAUGGUCCUCUUAUCAUAUACAGUGAUAAUACAUUGAUAAUAACAUAAACACAUUUGUUAAACUUUUAUACAAGUGGUUUUCUAGGCUAGCCCUCUGGUUUACAUGAAGUCGUGUUGAUUUUAAUCACAUAAAUGUUACUUUGACACAAUGACUGACAUCACCCUGAUAUUUGAAUAAUGUGCUUUUGCCAGCAUGGAUGUUUUGAAAAUGUGCUGCUCAUUUAUUUUAUAUUCACAUGACAUUUGUACUGCAGGAGUAACUCUCCUAAAAUAAACAUAGAAUAUAUUAAAUUAAGCAGAAAUUAUGUAGGCAACAUGUAGGCAUUAACCUCUAACCUAGCUAUAUUUUAAUUAGAAUUAGUUGUCUAAGGAACACCAAAAAUCACAUAACUCUCCAUGGACUCUUGACUCUGCGUUAAGAGUGUUAUGUAUAAGUGUUUUGGGACAAUCAUCAUUUUGAUAUUUCUUAUUAGCAGUGUGAAGUGUGUCCAUAGAGAGAGUCAUUUCUGACGUUCAUGGAUGAUGAGUUCUUUUUAAAAUCAAGUUGUAGUUUAGACUAUUGCCUAUGCUGCCACAAAUGUAAACAUUUCACAUUUUUUUUUAUAUGGUUUGUUUCAUUUGUGAGUUACUGACACAUACUGUAUGUGGGGUGACACAAAUGAAUGUGAAGUCUCCACAGUCCGUCCUGUUUUUACACAUUCUGUUUAAUGUGCUUAUGAUACUCUGAGAGUAUUCUGUGUUUUUUACUGUUCGUUGUUGUAACUGUUUCUUUAAUGGCCUGAAAUUGCUUCUGCUGCGCUUCUCAUCCCAAGGUAGAUACAGUAUAUCUUUUAAAAUAGGAGCAUAAUUGGCCUGGUCAACUUAAAAUAGUCUUGAAUUGCCUCAUACAUUAGUGCCAGCUUUUUUAAAUAUCCUUAAUAAGCCUAAUAUAAAUCAAAUUGAUUAAUUGAAUUACAUUUGUUUGAAUAACUGUUCAGCCAAGGAAGGUGUAUUGUGGUUUAACGUGCUAUGAUUUUCAAGUUGAAUGAGUUAGAUGGGUGUGUUUGCAUGUGCAGUAUGGAGUUAUUUACUGUGACAAUAUAAUGGCAGUUAUUUUUACCUUUGGCAAUUCUUCAAGAAUUCUUUGCACUUUAGUGACAGCAGGAGGAGUAAAAGGGUUGCAGUGAUUUUGUACAGUUCAAAUUUCCAAUUAUGUAUGCGAGAGAAUUUAACUUCUGUGUUUCAGUGUUCUUGGAGAGCAAAAAGCUUUGCAAAAUGUAGCAGUGCUGGCAAAAUUGCAAUCAUCAACAUGACAAGCAACAUCGAUCGUUAUGAUUAAUGUACUUUUUAUGCAGAUGAAAUAUAAAACUGCAGAUGAAAUAUCAAUGCUAAUAUGCAUAAAUCACAUCUUUAAAAGACUUUUGGUUGCAGUGACACAUUGAAUGGUUAAUUUUAUGUUAUAACUCAUAUUUGCCUUUUGAGACGGGCUACUUUUCAGUGGACAUACACCUAAAUGUACGAAUAAUUAAUGCAAAGGUCUUUCUUUAACAUGUUAUACUUUCAUGCUCAAUAUGGGAAGACAAUAUAUAAUAUUGUUUAAUAGCCUAUACUAAGUUAUGACUAGAGAAAAGAUGGACUAAAUUACAAUAAUAAGAUAUCAUUUAUUAGGCAUUUGACUCUGCAAAGCACACACAAAGGUCAGGUCUUUGCAAGAUACAGGGGAAAGCAAAGGUUUUUGUCCUUUUUUUUUGUCAAAUAAUAAAAUAAAUCCUGU